AUGUGCGUGCGGUUGUUGUUAAUGGUGACGACAACCGCAGCGCAAAUUGCGUGUCGACAAUACUCGCCGAAUGAGGGAGCGCCUGGAGCUGUUGAGCACGUGGAUACCGUGGAAGUGAAGGACGUCGUUUGGCACGCGAUCCCAGCGCUGAACGCGGACAAUGAUGGUAAUUGGAUCGUUCCUUUCAAGGUUGUGUCAGCAACUCGUCAAAUCGUCUCCGGUCUUCUCUACAAGAUAAACGUACUCACAACGGAAACAAAAUGCAGCAAAUCCCAAACUCCUCUUGAUGACAUAAACGCAACGAAUUGCCCGAUAGAAACGGAUGGGAGAUUGGAGAAAUGGGAAAUCGAUUACCAAGAACAAGAAUGGCUUGACAUUCACAAUUACACCGUUCGUAAAGUCGGCGACUUAACCUGGGAUCAAGUGAAAUUAUAUAAAAAACGG